UCGAUGUUUCAUUCUUGCCGACUUCUGAGCAAGAAUCUGAUGAGUAUGUGGCGCGGAUCGAGUGCGUUGAUGCGCAGCAGCGGCAAGGCACUUCUACAGACUUCGUCGCUAUCGACGGCCUCAGCGCCCGCCACGGCUGCUGCGCUCGAGUCCGUAGCCGCUGCAUGGUCACCCGAGAAGAAACGCACGGGUCUGUUGGCCGUCAAGAUUGGCAUGAUGCCCGUGUGGGACAAUUUCGGCUACCGUCACAACUGCACGGUGCUGCAGGUGGAGGAAUGCCAGGUAACGCAGGUGAAGACGGCGGAUCGCCAUGGCUUCAACGCACUGCAACUCGGCGUGGGCCUGCGUAAGCCCAAGAACGUGAGCAAACCGGUUCUCGGCCACCUCUCAAAGGCGGGCGUGCCGGCCAAGCGCCAGCUGCAGGAGUUCCGCGUCUCGGAGGAUGCUCUGCUGCCACUGGGCACGACGCUCUCGGCGCUGCACUUCAAUGCUGGCCAGUACGUCGACGUAUGUGGUAUUAGCAAGGGCAAAGGCUUCCAGGGUGUCAUGAAGCUUCACAACUUCGCAGGUCAACCGGCUUCACACGGUAACUCCAAGACGCAGCGCCACAUGGGAUCAACUGGCCAGUGCCAGGACCCCGGUAAGGUUUUCAAGGGCAAGAAAAUGCCUGGCCGUAUGGGCGGCAACCGCGUCACUCGCGACAAUCUCUGGAUCGCCAAGAUCGAUGUGGAUCGCAAUCUCAUUUACGUCAAGGGCAGUGUGCCAGGAAACAACGGCGGCAUUGUCCGUGUUACGGACGCGCGCAAGAAGAAGCCGGAGUCGCCGCUACCGUACCCGACUUUCGUGCCGGCAGAGGGUGACGCACUUCCGUCCGAGGAGCUGGCGCCCCACGGUGACGUUGACCCGUACCACUACGAUGAGAACUAGAGAAAGUGCCAGGGAGCACCACGGCAGGUAGGUUGGAGAGGUUGGAGCAUCGAUCAGUAGAGAGAAGAAUUCUUUUCUAAGAUAAGUAGGGUCUACCUAUCGACGCAGUUACGUCUUUGAGAACCGUGUGGGCUCAUCUGACUCAAGGCUCUUAUGUAGAAAUCGCAGUUGUUCUUGCCAUCUU